CUUAGGGCGCCAUAUUUUAGGGUUCUUCGAGCGCCCGCUGCGCGAGCGCGAGAAGACAUUCCAUCGUCUUGACAUGCCUGCUCGAACCCGUCCUUGAUCUCGAUCAGAGUCACGAGAAUCGGAUUCGCAGACCAACCAGGCGAAGCUGGCGGUCAUGAAGAAGGGAGGCAAUGUUCUCCAAAGCUCCAGCGAUGGCGAUGAUUCUAAACGAGACGCUCUUCUGGCAGGCAACUUGGCAAACAAUCUGUGCAGCCACUCGUUGGAUAUCUUCCUCGUACUUCUCUUUCCAAGGACUAGAUCCGGCUGCGAGGAACUUCCAAAGAUGGUUGACCGGCUUGCUGCCACUCCAGCUCGUGGCUCCGGCUGAAAACUCGCGUCCCCUCGGUGAGCAGCAGCACGGAGAUGAUCCAGAAAUCCCUGGCCUCCAGGCUGGUGACGAAUCCCCCAAGCAAAACCACCGUCGCCCAGACGAAUGCCACGACUCCCAGCCCACUCGCGGCCUUCUCCAGCACCGAGAGCCUCAAAGCUACAAGCUGCCGGAGGAAGGCGCUGCUCCAGCGGGCGAGAACGGGGACUCCAUCUCUAUGCUCGUCGCUCCUUGCUCGUGGAAAACCAUCGCUCUGCCAGCCUCGACAUCUCUCGAGAAGAUCAAACCCAACGACGACAUUCUUCUUCCUUGGAGCUCGUUUGCUCCAGGACAUGGUUUUAUGUUCGUGCAUGGAAAUCUGUGGAAGCGGCCAGGGAAUGUUCCGAACGUUCCUUGCGGUGAAACGAGCUGUCACUUCAGCGUGAAGUUAGCUGCUGGUUUCGUCAAGAACUCUUUUCUACUGUUAAACAAUGCUAGGUGCCAAAAAACGAAGAAGGAGAAAAAAAUGAAAAACCUGUAUGGUGCUUCCCACGAAUGGUGGGAGCUUUUAUUCGUCCGGAAGAGAAGGCCUCGACUCUCUCGACGUGUUGAUCGAUUCUAUUGACGAGGCUACCUCCGCGAGCUUUGGAGAUGCUGGACUGCUUGGAGUGGGACCUCGCGCAGUGGGAGUAGUCAUCGUAGUGA